AUGUCCCGCAUUGAUUACAUUUGGUCUUCUGUUGAUAUUGUAUCCAACCUGUUACAUUGUUUUACUACUGAAGUCUCUUCUCAGCUCUCGGAUCACCUCAUUGUCUCGUUCAAAAUUGAUAACUUUUUAGAAAUCAAACAUACAAAUCGUAAGAUUUCACUCAAAAAGGUGUACGACUUCGAUAAAAUGACUCCCGACAAAUGGACCAUAUAUGGUGAUAAAGUUGACGCACUUACCAAUGGCUGUGAACUCACUACCCUUACUCAUCAGACAGUUUUCACACAAAAUCGAUUGAACUGCGACUGGGAUCUACUUCAAGCGUAUUAUUAA